CGUGGUUUUCAGCAUUCUGACUUCUGAUUUCCGAAAUCUGAGCAAUUCUAUUUCCUGAGUUUCAUUUUGUAUUUUUUUAUUACUUAUUAGGUAGUUGAUACUUCAAAGUUGUAGUUGUUACUUAUUGUACGUAUGUUAUGCUACGAAGUUUUAUGAUAUAAUUAUUCAUAUUAUAGUAAAACUAGUUCUAGUUCAAGUAUUAUAGGAAUGGAAACCAAAAUGUCAUAUUCAAAUAAAUACAUUCUCGCGGCCCUACCGAGGACUCAGCGCGGAACUCCGCUCGUGCUGGGCGGCGACCCCAAGGGUAAGAAGUUUCUGUACACGAAUGGGAAUUCGGUGAUCAUCCGAGACAUCGAGCAGCCGGCCAUCGCGGACGUGUACACGGAACACUCGUGCCAGGUGAACGUCGCUAAGUUCUCCCCGAGCGGCUUCUACAUCGCUUCUGGAGACGUGUCGGGAAAGGUGCGCAUCUGGGACACCGUCAACAAGGAGCACAUCCUCAAGAAUGAGUUCCAGCCAAUCGGUGGUCCCAUUAAGGACAUCGCAUGGAGCGCCGAUAGCCAGCGAUUGGUGGUCGUCGGCGAGGGCAGGGAGAGGUUUGGACACGUGUUCAUGGCUGAGACCGGCACGUCGGUGGGUGAGAUCAGCGGGCAGGCCAAGCCCAUCAACUCGGUGGACUUCCGGCCGGCGCGGCCCUUCCGCGUUGUCACCGCUUCCGAGGACAACACGCUCGCCGUCUUCGAGGGGCCGCCCUUCAAGUUCAAGUGCACCAAGCAGGAGCACAGCCGGUUCGCGCAGGCGGUUCGCUAUAGCCCGGACGGCUCGCUCUUCGCGUCGGCUGGCUUCGACGGUAAGAUCUUCCUCUACGAUGGAAAAACUUCAGAGCUCCUGGGAGAGAUGGGUCAGCCGGCGCACUCGGGCGGCGUGUACGGCGUGGCGUGGUCGCCGGACGGCUCGCGCCUGCUCUCGGCCUCUGGUGACAAGACGUGCGCGCUGUGGGACGUGCCCGGGCGCCAGCAGCUGGCCGUGUUCCGACUGGGCGGCGCCGUGGAGCACCAGCAGGUUUCGUGUCUAUGGCAAGGCGAGCACCUGCUGUCGGUGUCGCUGUCGGGCGACAUCAACUACCUGGACGUGAACAACCCUGACAAGCCUCUGCGAGUGAUCACUGGCCACAACAAGCCCAUCACCUGCCUGUGUCUGUCGACCGACGGCCGCCGUCUCUACACUGCCAGCCAUGACGGUGCCGUCACGGUCUGGGACGUCGACAACGGUGCGGGUGAGCGCGUGGUGGGCACGGGACAUGGAAACCAGAUCAACGGCAUGAGAGCCACCGCCGCCGGGUUCCUGUCGGUGGGCAUCGACGACACACUGCGAGCUGCCACCAAGGAGGACGGUGAGGUAGUGGCGUAUGGCGGCGUGGCCGUAGCGCUGGGGGCGCAACCACGCGGGCUCGAUCACGUGGCCGCCGCAGACCUUACCGUCGUGGCCACCGUCAAAGAGUUGCUGGUACUGGAAGGCGGCGUGAAGAAAUCAGCGAUGUCUGUGAAGUACGAGCCGACUUGUGUCUCUAUCAACCCGCAUAACAACCACGUAGCCGUAGGCGGCGACGAUAGCAAGGUGCACAUCUACCGCCUGGAAGGCAGCAGUCUGACGGAGCUGAGCGAACUGACGCACCUGGGGGCCGUCACCGACGCGCGGUACAGCCCCGACGGGCGACAUCUGGUGGCAGCCGACGUGCACCGCAAGGUGGUGCUGUACGACGCCGAGUACAAGCUGGCCCACAACCGGGAGUGGGGCUUCCACUCGGCGCGGGUGAACUGCGUGGCGUGGUCGCCGGACGGAGGCCGCGUGGUGUCGGGCUCACUGGACACCAGCCUCAUCGUGUGGAGUCUGGCCGCGCCCAACAAGCAUCUCACCAUCAACAACGCACACCCCCAGAGUCAGAUCACGGGUGUGGUGUGGCUGGACGAGGAGACCAUCGCCUCAGUGGGGCAGGACGCCAAUACCAAGAUAUGGACCGUGCCCGCGCCGCGCUAAGAGUUGAAAACCCGCCUCCAGUCUGCACAGUGCUCUAGCUGCCAGCCGUCUGUCCUGCUGCGCGGAGACGCCAAGUUCGUAUGAGAACAUUAAAAGCUUAUUUACAUGUUUCAUUUUAUACUUUCAUAGAUUUAAAAUGCUAUUUCUUGAUUCAUUUUUAUAAUUUUUGAAUUGGUAGGUUUUCGUCGCUUCACUAAUGUACUGAAACUUUAUCGUGGAACUAACAAGUGUGCGAUUUUUAUGUUAAGUUUUAAUAAAGUGCUCAAUGAAUUGAUCGGUUGCGACCGAGUGACGUAUGACAACCAGGACGACACCUAUUAUUGGAAGCGUGGCGGUAGUUGUCAACCCAUUUUAUUUAUAAUUAUGCUUAAGUGUGUAAAUUAUUAUUUAAAUUUUUAGAGUGGAAUUAUGUAUUUAUUUUGAUAUUUAUUAACUUAAAUUAAAAAAUCAUGAUUGGUCACUUCUACGUUGAGGCGUGUGUUAAGCCCGCAACGGUGGGCGUGGCCUGAUCUCCGCAUCUGAUAUUUGAUUGGUUUUCCAGCCACAAGUGUAACGUAAUUAACAAACGUGCAAAUGGUUUACUAUUAGCUAUUACUCUUUGUAUUUAUUAAUAUAUUUUUGUACUUUAGAUGUGAACAUUAACGUAAUUUAAGACUUAAUUCUAAAAGAAUUUUAUAUAACCCAAGUAUUUGUCUGGCAUACCAGUAGAUUAUAUCUGAAACGAUGUGUCACGCCGGGAGCGCUCCGUGUCCAAUAUCGCAAAUGUGGGAUUGAUUGGCUUACAAAGUAUAUUGAUAAAUCUAAUUCAUUUUUAGUAAUGAACUUGAAACUUCUAACUAGUUUAACUAGUGCAAUUAACUUGUAAAGGAAUCCCUUGAGAUUUCGUGUUGGAUCAGUGUGUUGUUCUGCAGAAAAUAUAACGUCAAAUUUUCAUCAAAAUAUUUUAUCGAUAAGGGAAAUGUUCUAAUUCAAAUAUUUUUUAAGCAUUAUUUAAAUUUCUGCCUCAGACCCGAGAAGAAUAAGUUCAUGUAUACGAUAAACUUAACAUAAACGUCAAUUUGACAAUAAAGGAACUAACACACUACAUACACGAAAUCGCAACGUGGGCUACUACGGCCGUGAGAAUUAACAUGACAAGUGACAGACGGGCGCUCCCAGAGCUCCCAGUAUUGCAUUUGUGUUGAGAUUAUAUUAUUACUAUUAUAUGUAUAUCGUUCUAAGCUAUUUGAGCUGAAUGUGUGAGAACAGUUGCAUCGCUCCUGUACACUUCAAAUGUUAUCAAUAUUAAAGUCACUUUAUUUAGAGUUUUGCUGGCUUCAUAACAUUUUAGUUAGUAACACAUCGGCCAGUUGUUUGUAUAAGAGCGCGGAAGAGCAUGUUUGAGAUGUCUCAGUAUUCUGAUGAAUGAACAGAAGGUAAGUAUAGUCAGAACGGCAUCGUGUGGUGGGUCUCCUAGCGUGGGUCCGCCACUAUCACAGAACAAACUAUAUAUUGUUGAUAGUAUUUUUGUAUUUGCCAAUUUUAUAUUCGAGUUUUGUCGAUACUAAGUGUUUCUUUUUCUACUAAAUUAUAUAUUUAUUGUAAUAAAUUGUGUACACAUGUA